AGCGCUUUCUGCUACGUCGGACCAAUAGGAGAGAGGGCUCGAUGGCGCGCGUGCGCCUUACGAGUCCGCUCGGUGUCCUUGUGAGGCUCCGGCUCCGGACCCUGAGGAGGAGAAGAUGUUGGCGGCCGCGCUGGGGCUGGCUCGGGCCGGCCUGAGAGUUACUGGGCGACCAGCAAUGCUGCUGCAAGCUCGAUUUGAAGGGAAUACUGCUGUGACUCAACCUACUGUUAGACCAAAGGAUGAAGUGACACAAAAGCAGCUGUGUGCAUUCGGAGAAUAUGUGGCUGAAAUUCUGCCCAAGUAUGUUCAACAAGUCCAGAUCACGUGUUUCAAUGAGCUAGAAAUCUUAAUUCAUCCAGAUGGGAUCGUUCCAGUUUUGACCUUUCUUAAAGAUCACACCACUGCCCAGUUCAAAAACUUAGCUGAUCUGACGGCAAUCGAUGUUCCAUCUCGACAGAACCGCUUUGAGAUUGUCUAUAAUCUCUUAUCCAUAGCCUUUAAUUCCCGGAUUCGUGUGAAAACAUAUACUGACGAAUUGACACCCAUUGAAUCAGCAGUCCCAGUGCACCAAGCAGCAAACUGGUAUGAAAGAGAGGUUUGGGAUAUGUAUGGAGUGUUCUUUGCUAACCACCCUGAUCUGAGGCGAAUCCUCACGGACUACGGGUUUGAGGGUCAUCCCUUCCGGAAGGACUUCCCUCUUUCUGGAUAUGUGGAGGUCAGGUAUGAUGAUGAGGUGAAGCGAGUGGUGGCAGAGCCUGUGGAGCUGGCUCAGGAGUUCCGCAAAUUUGAUCUGAACAGUCCCUGGGAGACUUUCCCUGCCUAUCGUGAGGCUCCGGAAACCGUUAAGAUAGAGGCAGGAGAGAAGAAAGGAGAUGAGAAAUAGCAGCAGGAAGGAAGGAGAGGAAGCCAGGGACAUCCCUGUAUCACUACCUUCCUGUUUGAUAUAAGUAUUUAUAUAUAUUAAAUAUCAAUAAAAAAAGACAUAUGGUU